GUACCCUCAACCGUCCUGUAUCGCAUAAAAUAGAAACUCAGCCUGCUCAGGCGUCAUUCUCACAGAAAUAGGGAACACGGCGACAUGCAAGAGGCGAUCUCUGACCAUCGCCCAGUGGCGGCAGAAGAAGAGGAGGACAAAGAUACGGGUUUACCCGCGGAAAUUCUCUUUCAGAUCAUAGAUAAGAUGGAUUGCAAAUCGAGUCUAUAUCAGGCUUCAUUGGUGUCGCAGGCAUGGUCCAAAGAAGUCCAGCCAAUCCUCUUCAGGCGGGUUGAAAUCGAUUUCAAGCCGCUGUCUACCUGGGACUUCAACGGUGGCGCACGAACCUGUCCUACUCCAUCUGCAGCGUGUUCUCGGAUCACGUGUCUACUCGCCUUGAUUCAGUCCAAUCCGAAACUUGGGGGUUACAUUCGAGAACUAACUCUCAAAGGAGAUACCAAGGGGUGCACCUAUGUUCUUAACGAAUGCGCGGGCAAGCUAUCCGCUCUUGCAUCUAGCCUGACCCACCUAGGUACACUCAGGAUAAAUUGGUGGGAUUUCGCAACGUUGUCCCACUCUGAAGAUUGGUGGAUGACUGCGCUGACGGACGAGACUCGCACAACAAUCGGUCGACUCUGCUCUCUCCCAUCCUUGACGGAAAUCCGAAUCUAUCCCUCACUCGCCGUUCCCGACGAUAUUUGGGCCGUAAAUCCCUCCCUCAAGGUACUCCAGAUCGAAGGGCGGGAAGCCUUCCGUCCUGAAGGCGAUGCUAGGACAGGCAAGUAUCCCUCAUUGAAGACCCUCUCGCUCAAUCGGAUCGACAGGGCAGACUACCUGCCCAAUUUCUUCCGCCGCCACUCCCCCCUACUACUCUCCCUUAACGACCUUGAGAUUUCAGGCAACGCAUCAUUCCAUCCUCAAGUUACCGAUAUCCUGCAGAGCCUACGGGGUACCCUCACCCGCUUCUCCGGCAGGUCUUCACUCUACUCAUGGAGUGCCUCCACCGACCCAAACGCCCCACUCAAUGGCAUCGAAUUCUCUGGCAUGAGGUCCCUUCGCUCAGUCUCGUUGGACUGGCGAUCGGUCGACCUCACGGACAAAGCUCCCCCCGCUCUUUUACAAACCCUUUCGACCAUCCCAUGGGACCAAAUCGAAGAAGUCCACAUUGCGUAUGCUCCAUUCUCCCCUGGAAACGCUGCUAGGGAGGCCCCGACGUAUGACCCCAGGCCUAAUACCCGCGAAAUCGACGCUCUCCUCGCCCGUUAUACCCCUCCUUUGCCUGGUACUCCCAGUAGCUCAUCGUCCCAGCCGGGAAAGUUGCGGAAUAUAUCCCUGCAGGUCGUAUUCCGCGAUAUCCCUUCCACGACGAGGUACCAGAAUUUUACUGCACAAGAACUCGCCCCACAACUCUUUGAACAGGCGGCAUCUUUGAAGGCAUGUGGCGACCCAAUCAAGCUGGAAGUCCGGUAUGGGAAAGAUCGUUAG